AGAUCAUCCAUCGUCCAUUUGAACGUCCACCACACGACCCAGCCAUUGUUUCCUUCCCACUCAAAACAACACAGCGACACCCUUAACUACGGCCGCGUUCCUCUCUCACAAAGUUAUCUCCUUUCCCAGUCCAUCCCAGUACAACCGACGUGUCCUUCCUUGACAAGAUUUUAUCAGCCAUCACAAGAGCAGGGCAAUUUUACUUACCUGGUAGGAUUGAACAAAGACCACCAACCUCAAUCGCUCGGAGGGUAUAGACCUUAGGGCAAAGGCGGGCAAGAAAGAUGUCGGUGAAUAGUAAAAGAAUCGCGAAUCCGGUCUUAUUUAUCUGCGACAUCCAGGAGAAAUUCCGCAGUGCGAUCUGGGAGUUCCCAAAGGUGAUAGCCACGAGUCAGAAGCUGGUUAAAGCAGCCAAAAUUCUCAACAUCCCCGUCUUCGUGACGACGCAGAAUGCCUCGCGCCUAGGCGCCACCGUCGCGGAGCUCACCUCGCUCCUCCCCGAGGCCACGCCCGAGGCGAUCGACAAGACGGCCUUCUCGAUGCUCGUCCCGGCCCUGCAGUCGCACCUCCGGACCCUCGCCGCGUCGCCGAGCGAGAAGCUGUCCGUCCUGCUGGUCGGCAUCGAGACGCACAUCUGCGUCACCCAGACGACCCUCGACCUGCUCGCGGCGGGCCACCGGGUGUACGUCAUCGCCGACGGCGUGUCGUCGUGCAACGCGGGCGAGAGGCCCGUCGCGCUGGCCCGGCUGGCCAGGGAGGGCGCCGUCGUCACCACCAGCGAGAGCGUGCUGUUCGAACUCGUCGGCGACGCCAAGGACGACAAGUUCAAGGCCGUCAGUGGCCUGGUCAAGGAGACCAAGGAGGACACCAGGCAGGCUGUGGAGACGUUUUGUCGCUUGUAGUCUGGCAAGCGGGAUUGGGGACAUGGAUGGACUGAGAUGAUAGAACCGGGAAGAGGAAGCAGAAUGUCGCCGGCUUGGAGCAAUAGAAGAGGAGACUCUGAGAAGGAGAAUGCUGGAACUCCAGAAACAAAGGGGGGAAGACAAAUCACUGCUUGCAGUCUUAGCACUCAACGCAAGGAAAAGGGGUGAAUGGAUGCGGACUACUCAAUCUUCCAGCUCCUACGGCGAGAGGGAAUCCUGCUGCUCGACCAAGAUUUGUUGUAUACCUCUAUGCUUUUGCGGACAAGAGCACCAUGUGCGGUCCGAACGAACUGGGAAAGCAAGCAAAGAGCAAGAGUUGAAAGAUCGUCCGUUUUAUAACUCGCAAGCUUCCGCUGAAAACAAACACGAAGUCAAGACCCAGA